AAUGGGCGCAGCCGGUCGCCCGUUGAAACCGUGAAGGAAGCCCAAUAGAGCGAGGUUAGCCGGGCAGCCGCCGGCGGGGCAACUGGCGAUGGCGGCGGCGGUCGGGGGCAGCAGUCGGAGAGGGACCCCCCUGUACUCACAGAAAAAUCUCACAUCAAAGAAAAAAUAUGACUUUGAAGACAUCUUGGAGGAGAGGCGGCAGUCCAGUGACCUCAGAUAUGCGAUGCGAUGCUACACUCCUGUUGUGUAUAAAGAACUUUCUCCCUGCAAACCAAGUGCCAUUAAAACUAUUGUGUUGCAUUCCGAACAAGUACAGUAUGUCAUCAGAGAGCUAUCAAAGGAAAUGGGAGAAUCUCCUGACAUCAUCCAGGAAGAAGCUGCAGAAAUUCUGGAUGAGAUGGCACAUAGCAUGCACAUGGGAGCCAUCCGCUUUUUUGCUUUCACACUGAGCAAAUUAUUUAAAAGCCUGUUUAAGAGCAUUUGUGUAAAUGAAGAGGGCAUGCAAAAACUACAACAGGCAAUUCAGGAGCAUCCAGUUGUGCUGCUGCCCAGUCAUCGAAGCUACGUGGAUUUUCUCUUGUUAUCUUAUGUGCUGUAUGCCUAUGACUUGGCUUUGCCUGUCAUUGCUGCAGGAAUAGAUUUCCUGGGAAUGAAAGUAGUUGGUGAGCUCCUACGAAAAUCAGGUGCCUUUUUUAUGCGACGUACAUUUGGUGGCAACAAACUCUAUUGGGCUGUGUUUGCUGAGUAUGUCAAAACAAUGUUGAAGAAUGGCUAUGCUCCCAUUGAGUUUUAUCUUGAGGGGACGAGGAGUCGCACUGCAAAGACUUUGGCUCCAAAGUUUGGUCUCCUCAAUAUUGUGAUGGAUCCAUUUCUGAAAAGGGAAGUGUUUGACAUUUACCUUGUCCCAAUUAGUAUCAGUUAUGAGAGAGUACUAGAAGAAUCACUUUAUGCACAUGAACUUUUAGGAGUUCCUAAACCAAAAGAAUCUACAUCGGGGCUAUUGAAAGCCAGGAAAAUUCUGAGUGAAGAUUUUGGAAGCAUACAUGUAUAUUUUGGACAGCCUCUGUCUCUUAGAACAUUGGCAGCUGGGAGAAUCAACCGCUGUCCGUAUAACUUGGUUCCAAGGCAUAUUCCACAAAAGCCAUCUGAGGAAAUCCAAGAAUUUGUCAGUGACAUAGCCUACAAAAUAGAACUCCUUCAGAUAGAAAACAUGGUUCUGAAUCCAUGGAUAUUAAUUUCCACCAUCCUCCUCCAGAAUUUACCGGCUAUACAUUUUGAACUUUUGGUGGAAAAAACCCUUUGGUUGAAAGGUUUAACUCAGUCCUUCGGAGGAUUCCUUAAUUGGCCGGAUAAUCUGUGUGCCAGCAAAGCAGUAAGAUCCAGCCUUUCUCUACACUCCAAUAUUACAACCCUUGUCAAUGGCCAGGUGGUUCUCAAUGACACAGAAAUGGGAUCUGGUGCUGCCGGGGAGACUGUUUUUAAGCAAGCCCUCUCCAUCCUCCUACUUGGGUCCUACAAGAACCAGCUACUUAAUGUCUUUGUGCGGCCAGCCCUUGUAGCACUGGCAUUGCAAAUGACACACAGUUCCAGAAAAGAGGAAGUCUACAGCAGUUUUGCUUUCUGGCUUGAUGUUUUUUCUGACGAGUUCAUCUUUUUGCCUGGAGUACCCCUGAAGGAUUUUGAAGAAGGCUGUUACUUGCUUUCAAAAUGUGAUGCAAUUCAAGUCACUCCACAGCAAAUCUUUGUCACAGAGAAAGGAAGUACUAUCAUGUCUUUUUUGUCUGGAAUGUUCAGACCUUUUGUGGAAGGCUACCAGAUAAUCUGCAGAUACCUUUCCAAGGAGGCAGCAACAGAGGCUUUUUCUGAGAAGCAGUUCAUAUUUGGAGUCCGAAGUUUUGCUUCCAAACUUCUAGAGACAGGAAGCACACAGUGUUAUGAGGUGCUGUCUUCAGAUAUGCAGAAAAAUGCUUUGGCAGCUCUUGUGCGAUUAGAUGUUGCAAAGAGGACAAAAAUGUCUGAUGGAUUUACUUACAGUGUAAGUAAAGAGGCUCUGAGUAAAACUAUAGAAAUGUUCGAAUCUAGGAUACCCGUAAGGAAACCAGUAGCUGCCCGACUUUAACAGGAGGAGGCUUAAAUGGUUGGCUCUGCACACUAUAAUUACGGGGAAGGGUCAAAAGUGAAGCAGAUUGUGGAGAAAAUGUUACAGGAAGCUACAAAACACACUUCCCCCCUUGAAAGGUUUUACCACUUAAGGAUGGGGAGAACUCCAGAAGUUGGGACAUUUUCAUCAGCACUCGAAGAACUUUUAUUAGCCUUGAUGAUUAAAAUUAUUUGUAAACUUACAUUCUCCUUUAAUAAACAUUGUUCCUGCUCCUCCAGCCAGUUUGUAUUUGACAGAAUUGCACAGCCAGAUUUGACAAGUUUGUCAUGAAAAUGAAGUAGUUGCUUUUGUAUGAUGAUUUUGUUCUUGUGGAAAAAUGUAACUAAGCAACUAAAGAUAUAACAUGGAAAGGCAUAUUUAAGGAUAAACUCAUUGGUUACUAUUUAUGAUAAGAUGAACCCUGUUCCUAACAUAGUAUUAACUGCCCCCAAAUGUCAGUUCUGUGAUUAACAGAUUUUAAAAUUUUGUAUAUGCAACUCUUCCAGAAUUAAAAGCAGAAAAAGAA